AUGGCAACCCGCCGGGCAGCCAAGGCCGCAGAGGCGACAGCAUCAGCUCCAUCUCCGGCUGUGACGCGACGCAAGACGCGACAACAAGCAGCUGAGCCAGCUGCCACAAUGCCGGCCCCAGAGAUCAAACCCAUCAUUCCCUAUCCUCGUCGAAAUGUACGACGUCCCGCUGAUGCAGAGAGUAUCGCGAGCGUCAGAAGUACCCACACCAAUGCCACGGCCACAGUGUAUGAGAUGCCGACGCCUGGUUUCCACCGCCUCGCUGCUCUCGCUAGAGGUGCAAGCACGCCAGGCGUGCGGAAGCGCGUCUCAGAUGCUGCUUCUGUUAUUUCUACAAUGACGGACAGCACGCCUGCCAUGCGUGAAGCCCGAUCUGGCCUGAUGAAGUCCUUCUUCCCCCGCCUGUCAGCUGCGACCAGGGAUCUCCAGAACCACCUGGAGCAGCAGGACGCAGUUGACGAGGAAAUCUGGGACACCCAGCUUGAGUUCUACUACCAGGCCUUCGACAGCUACAAGCAGCACUACGCCGACUCGGGCAUGCCCUACAUCAACGGCCAAGAGGUCCUCUCGCGGAUCGGCUGCCCGGUGAACUCGCCGGCCUGGCAGCGAGCCAUGCGCAUCAUCUCCACGGCAAACCUGACCGACCUCCAGUACACCCUGGUCCAGCUCAAUAUCGAGGACAGGCUCUCGGAGCUGCAGACCCUGGACAGUGCCUUCCCUUCCAGGUUCUAUCCGGACGAGUCGCUCAACGACAACGAGUACUCGUUUGAGCAGGCGCUCGAGAUUCGGACGCAGACCUUCAUUGCCACGAUCCAGGAUGUAGGACAGCACGAAGACCCCUUCGGUCUCCUCGCGCGAGUCUUCUGCGACGGCGAGGCCGCGUCCCAGGACUUUAAGCGGGCCUUGGACCUUGGCCCCUACGAGCCUCUGGCCGGCGUCGAUCUCAACGACGACGCGAACUCGAACCUCCGCGGUCGCUACAAGACGCGUCUCGCCAGCAUCCGGUCACUCUUGUCGCCAAAGGCAAACGAGUACAACGUUGCUCAACUGCAGGAGCACUUCAAUUUGCAGGAGUUCUGGAACAACCUCAAGGAUUGGAUCAAGGCUUGCCAAGCCGCCCUCCAGAACCCGGGCUCCCAGGAGGCUGCCUCGCAGGCUUCGGCAGCUGCGCAGCACGAUGCGCCGGCCGUGAUGGACUCUCAGGAAGACCUCGAAUCGCAGGGAGAGUCUCAGCUCGACUCCCAGAACGACUCGGAGAUUAUGUCCCAGCCGAUAGUGCGAGCUGCGCCGGCAUCUUCAGCCCAACGGAUCCCCUGGAACCAGGACUCUAUCAAAUUCCUCCGCUCUCGGGAGCAGGACAUCAACCAGCCGGAACUGGCCAGCGAGCGCGGCAGCGUCGUCAGCGACUACCCCGUCUUCUCCAACGAGGCCAUCAUCAAGAGGUCGCAGCAGCACAUCCUCGACCAGCAGCAGCAGCAGCAGUCGUCGCCGCAGCCAACAGCCCGGACAACAGCAGUCGCCGCCUCGCCCUCGUCCUCCGCCGCUCCCGCACCGGGCCAGAAGCGCUUUUUCGACCAGAUCCAGGCAUCCAGCCAGGACGACCCGUUCGAGGACGACGACCCGUUCGAGUCGGACCCCCGCGUCCCGGACAGCCAGAAGCGCGGCCUCAUGCCCCCCCCGCCGCAGUCCUCCCUCCCCAACAAGCGCGUCCGCAUCGAGCACCGGCCCGCCUACGGCGAGCGCCCCCGCGCCCCGCCCUCCUCCUCCUCCGCCUCCGCCUCCGCCGCUCCGCGAGCUAAGAUCCCGCGGCCGCCGGCGCCCUCCUCCUCAUACCCGCCCGUGUCCACGGGAGCCACGGCCGUAGCCGACGACGAGGACGACGACGACGACGAGAUCGACCACGAGGCCGUGUCGUCGCAGGCCAGGGCCAUGACGGCCGUGUCGCGCCGCCGGGCGGGCCCGCAGACGCGCACGCCCUGGUCGCGCAACGACACCCGGACGCUCAUCCGCGCCGUGCACUCGUUCGAGGCCAAGUGGAGCAAGAUGCAGAAGGCCAUCGACGAGGGCCGGCUGCCGUUCGAGCACCCGCGCGACCAGCAGGGGCUGCGGGACAAGGCGCGGCUGAUCAAGGUCGACUUUCUCAAAGAGGACUUUGCUGACUUUCUUGAUGUACCCUUUCUUAGAACUGACACGCUCCUCCCUCCGGGUUUCGACCUCGUCGUGCUGGGCAAGAAGGAGGCCGAGGCCGUCAGGGCCGUCGGCAAGAACCCGGACCGCAAGGAGAUGGACGUCGAUGAGUUCAAGAGGCCCGUGAAUACCGAGUAUCAGCCAUCCCAGGAGUGA